AUGACGCCAGAUGCUGAUACCCAGUUAAAUAAAAUAAUACGCGAGCUAGCAAAGAGACCAGGCUUGGUUUCUUUGCAGAAUAUCAAGAGAAUUGCCGAAUUGUUUGGUCUAUAUUCUAUCACAGAUGAUUCAACCAACAUCAAUUUUGAGAGAUUAACAAUUGGUGGUCCUAUUUUGCUUAUUGAUAUUGAUUUCGAUAGCUCCACUUUAAAGGCCUCUAAGGUCUCGUUAUCUUUGGUGUCUGAGACUUCUGAUCUUCAGGGCGACUCUUUGAUGGACACUGAUGUCCAGAUCAAUGCCAACCAAAAUGCUAGCAAAGAAGAUAAUGUUAAUAUGGACGCUAAGGACGAUCAGAAACCUAUAUUUUUGAGAAUUAAAGGGCAGUUUGAUUCUUUGAAAAGACAACUUUCUUUCACAAACAAGUCAAUCGAAAACUCUGCUGAUAAAGUCUUGCUUAAUUCGUUGACAGUAACUGGAUUGCCAAAGAAGCCAAUAAAUAAGCAAAAUAUUCAAUACGACAUAAUAAAGCUAAAUAAUUUUGUCAGCAAUUUAAAGUACUUGACAAAAUUAGACAAACUAUCUGUUAUAAAACCAAAUGACACUCCUACUUCAACUACUGCUUCCAAUCUCAAUUCCACUUCCAACUCGGAACUUGAUGACCAGCAAAAUGUCGAUUUAUUCAACUAUAUUGACGAAUUAUCCAUGGUAUUUUAUAUUAUCCAUCAAAAUGAAUAUAUAUAUUAUCUAAAUCAAUUGAAUUCCUCCACAUCGUAUAUUAAUUCAGACCCAUGGGAAGAAAAAGCUUUGGAUUUGAUCAAUGGCUAUUCCAAUUUCGGGAAACCAGAAAUAAAUGUUAAUAAUAAAAUUGGUCUUUUUAUGAAAUACUGGGAGGAUAAUAGGUAUAUAAAUAGGAAAUCUUUUAAAAUAGAAAAUCAAUACCUUAAAACACCAGAAAAUAACAAUAAAACUAAUGAUGAUAAAAAUGAUCUGGAUAGUGAAAUGAUGAAUAUAAAUGAAGAAUUGCCAAAUAAUAAUCUUGAUAUAUUCCAAUCAGAAACUUACAACACAAAAUUUCAUAAAGAUAUAAAAUAUAUCCAAUUUUCUGUGAAAGCUGAUGUAAAAAACUCUCUCUUGCCUCUAGACACUGUUUUAACUUCCUCAUAUCUCGAUUCCGUUACAAAUUCAUUAAGAAAUAUUCAAUUAAAAACUAUUAACCAAUCUCAGAAUUCACAGAACACAAUUAUUAAUUUUAUUGAUCAUAAUAUCGCAAAAUACUUUGUCACUCCCAUUAACAAUUCAAAUUUGAAAACAUGCCUAAAUUUAAAGUUUUUUCCUAACGUUUGGAUUCCUAUUGACUUAUUUUUAUCAUAUUUUAAUAGUUCCAAUAGGUCUUAUAAAAUUGAAAUAAAAUUUAAAGAGUCUACCAAAAUCAAUAAACAAAAAUCAAAAUUUGAAGAAGAGGAGUUUCUUGAUUUGAAUGAUUUAAUACGAAAGACAAAUAAAAGAAACAAUACCGACGAAUUAUAUAUCAAUAAUUAUAAUGACUUGGUAAAUUUGCAAGAAGGAAAAGCAAAAAAAUCAUUAGUAAGUGAGGUUCCCCUUGUCGAUGAUAUAUUUUCCAAUUUUAACUCUCAAGUACAAAAACAAUAUGUGAUAAAUGUUAAGAAUCCUGAAGCUUUUAAUGGUAUAACAAUGGAAAAUCUUGAUGAUGCUGUAUUGAUUGAAGAAGAUGAGGAAGAUGAAAGUAAAAAUAAUGGUUUCAAUAAUGUAUUGGAUAAUAAUUCUAAAAAUGUUUCAAACUCUACUCAUUCAGCAAAUACGCAAACAAAUUCCAAUACUGUUGAUGUCAAAUAUAGUUUUAUUAAUAAUUCUUUAUCAAAAUUGAAAAAAAUCAGAUCAAUUGAUAUUAUUUAUAAAGAAUUCGAUAACCCUGAAUCGAACUCUCUUAAUCAACCAUUUUUAACAACUAAAGUUGAUGAUUUUUUGAAAAACUUUCAAGAUUUUUUAGUAGAUAUAAGAUCAUGGUUAUUCAUUGAAAAUUUAAUAAAAUCUUUAGCAGAAAAAUCGCAUUGUUGCCAAGAUGAUGAUAAUAGUAAUUCUAAAGCAAAUGAUAUUCUUAAUAUUCCAACACAAACUGAAGAGCCAUUACAUGUUUUUAGGAAAAAAAAUUUAGAAACAGAUGCUUCUGGAUUAAGUUUUGAACGUAGAAGAGGAUCUAUAACAAGUAACGGAAUAAUAAAUAAUCCAAGAGAAAUUAUUAAUAGAUCUAGAUCAUCAUCAACAGCAUCACAUUCCUAUACUAAUUCAAAUUUAAAUUAUAAAGGGUUAUAUAAUGAUAAAGGAAGUAUUGAUCUUGAAGUAUUUCUUGAUUUAUUUGCGGAUGUUGAUGUAUCUAGCAACAGCAACAAUAAUAGCAAUGGCAAUAUUAUCAGUAGUCAUGAAAAUGAAUUUGGAAUAAACAAUAUGAAUAUGAACAUGAAUAGUAAUGAACAACAUCCAUCAUCAUCAUUUGUACAUAAAAGAAGAAACUCAUUAAUCAAGCUUAAGAAAACGUUAAAUUCUAAUCAUUAUCACAAUCAAAGUUUAAAAUUUUUUCAGAAUAAUUAUUUUAUAAAAUUUUUGCUUUUAGAUUCAUCAAUUGAUGAGCUUUCAUUGGGACUUGAGUAUAAUUUAACUGGAUCAGAGUUGAAUACUAGUGGUAAUAUAUACGAGUUUACUAUGAUAACCAAUUUGAAUAUAUUUCCAGAUAGAUCAAGUCUUAAUAGUUUAAACAUGAAUAUGAAUAUGAAUAUAGGCAUUGGUAUGAACAUGGGUAUGAAUAUGGGCAUGAGUUCUAAUAGUGGUAGUAGUAAUAGUGAUAACAAUAGCAAUGAUAAAAAUAACAACGAUGGUUAUAAUAGCUUAUUUGGUGGUAAAACGAAUAUUUUUCAAAAUUUAAAUAAAAUCAAGCUAUUUAUUAAUAAUGGAAAAGUGAUUAAAGUUGAUAUGUAUGAAGGAAAAGAUAAGAUAUUUACAGAUAAUGGGAUAAUUAAAAAGGGGGAUAUCAUUGAAAACUCCAAUGGAAAUAAUAUUAAUUAUUCGAAUUCUAAUAAUAAGAGGCUUAAAAGCAAGAAAAUUGUGAAAUUGAUGGAAGCAAUUAAUCGAACCGAGAAUAUAUAUUAUGUUCUUGAUUGGUUAUUAAGUAGCAAUUAA